GAGCUUUUGACUGCAUUCCACCUCGACUUUCCUUCACUUCUUCUCCUUGUCCAACACUUGUGAAAGAGGUGUUUCAAGUCAUCUUAGACGUGUUGACACAGUGAAGAGUGAGACCCUUUGUUCUGACAUAUCCUUUCUAUCCAAAAACCCCAUUCACUCUUUGAACGCUUUGACGGUCUUUGCUUUGAUAAACGUUAUACCUCAAUCCCUUGUCGAUUCUGUUCAACGAAUAGUCAUACCUGAAGUCAAAAUGGCUGGAGCGUCAGCUUUGAUAGGAGCACCAGCUUCUCAACUCGCCUGGCUAUCUUCUCUUAGCACAGGGUUCAACGACUUUUCCCCCGAACAAAAGUUCCUCCGCAAGAGCUCUAUCAUCGCUACUAUCGGACCAAAGACUAACAAUGUUGACAUGCUCGUAGCUCUUCAAAAUGCAGGGAUGAACAUUGUCAGAAUGAACUUCUCCCAUGGGUCUUACGAAUACCACCAAUCGGUCGUUGAUAACGCACGUGCGGCAGCGGCUUUGGUGACCAAUGGUCGUCCGUUGGCAAUCGCUCUGGACACCAAAGGUCCUGAAAUCAGGACGGGUCUGAUGAAGGAUGAUACAGAUGUACCCAUCCCCGCAGGACACGAAUUCUGGGUGACAACCGAUAAACAAUAUGCCGAGGCCUGUACCGCUGAAUAUCUAUUCAUGGACUACGCCAACCUCGUUAAGGUUACCUCCCCUGGAAAGCUCAUAUAUGUAGACGAUGGUAUCCUCUCUCUGCAGGUCCUCUCCAUCGAUGGUGUCAAUGUCCGUGUCCGGGCUGUCAACGCCGGUGUUCUCUCCUCCCGAAAGGGUGUCAACCUUCCCAAGACUGCUGUCGACCUCCCCGCUCUUUCCGAAAAAGACAAAGCAGAUCUUGCCUUUGGUGUUAAGAACGGCGUUGACAUGAUCUUUGCUUCGUUCAUCAGAUCUCCUGACGAUGUACGUGAGAUCCGCAAGGUUCUCGGUGCGGAAGGAGCAGCGAUUAAGAUCAUUGUCAAGAUCGAAAACGAACAAGGUGUCGUCAACUUUGAUGAGAUUCUCAAGGAGACCGAUGGUGUCAUGGUUGCUCGUGGUGAUCUCGGUAUUGAAAUUCCUGCCAGUCAAGUCUUCCUGGCUCAGAAGAUGAUGAUUGCCAAGUGUAACGUCGCUGGUAAACCCGUCAUCUGUGCCACUCAGAUGCUGGAAUCGAUGACUUACAACCCCCGUCCCACUCGUGCCGAAGUGUCCGAUGUGGCCAAUGCCAUCCUCGACGGUGCCGACUGUGUCAUGCUGUCUGGUGAAACCGCCAAAGGCAAAUAUCCUUUGGAGGCUGUCCGCAUGAUGGCCGAAACCGCCUUUUUGGCUGAAUCCGCGAUCGCUUACCCCCCUCUCUUCGACCAGUUACGUCAACUUACCCCCCGACCCACCAGCACCCCUGAGACCCUUGCUCUUUCCGCCGUUGCCGCAGCCAUGGAGCAGAAUGCAGGUGCCAUCAUCGUCCUGUCCACGUCGGGCGAGUCGGCUCGUCUGAUCUCCAAGUACCGCCCACAGUGUCCCAUCAUCUGUGUUACCCGUAAUGCCCAGACGUCUCGUCAGCUCCAUCUGUCUCGUGGCGUUUACCCUAUUUGGUACCCCGAGCCUCGUGGUGUUCCCCAAGGCCAAUGGCAGUUGGAUGUGGAUAACCGUAUCCGGUUCGGACUUCGCUGUGCCCUGCAGCUAGGUAUUGUUGAGCCUGAAGCAACCGUCAUGGCUGUUCAAGGUUGGCGUGGUGGACUCGGUCACACGAACACCCUUCGUAUCAUCUCCGUUCCUUCCGACCCUGCUGAUCUCGACUUGCAUGUCAUUGACCGCUCGGCGGAGUGAGUGCCCACAAGGUAUAUCUCUCAUCAGAAUCUAUUAGACUCUCAAGCAUGCAAUCAUGAUCGGAUGAUAUUC